AAUGCCAGGGAAAAAAUGGCGACCUUAGCCAAGCUUGCAGUGGCGUCAUGGAGGGAUGUUUCUGCCCAGAGGGGACGAUUCUGUACAGUUCAAACUCUGACACCUGUGUCUCCUCCUGUUGCACUGGACCUGAUGGACAACCUAAACAGCUUGGUGAUAGUUGGCAGAUUGGCUGUCAGCAGUGUGUUUGUGAUGAGGACACAAUGAGCGUUAAGUGUGAGCCUGUCGCAUGUCCCACUCAAAAACCAAUACGCUGUAAUGAGGAAGGUGAGGUAUUGGCGACGCGCACAGUGGACUGCUGUGAGAGACAGAUCUGUG